UUGGCCAGUUUGGGACAACAGUCGGUUCCUUGCUCCCCGCCCCGCCCUUCCUGGCUCCCGAGACUUCUGCCCUUUGUGGACUCUGAAAGCGACGGAGGGGGCCGAGCAGCCUCAGCCGCUCCAGGUAGGCGAACAGGAGGGGCGCAGGAGGGGACGCCGGCGGGGGGGGGUGCGGGUGCAUGGGAGCCCAUAGGCCCCGGGGGAGGCAGGGGACCACCUGGAAAAGCCACCAUGAGAGGCCUCUCCCGCCAGGCGCGUUUGCUCUCCUGACCUUAACGCCAAGAGCUACUCUCAGGAUUGCUCCGAAUGUCAUCGCCGCCACAAACACACAUAAUAAAUAAUAAUAAAAUUUUAUUUUUAUCCCGCCCUCCCCAGCCUAAGCCGGGCUCAGAGCGGCUAACAACAGUAAAAAAUAACACCGUUUACAUAAAAUCAUAACCAUUUAAUUGAAAUACUGUACGUUCUAAAAUCAGUUCAUUCUAGAAUCAAUUCAGAGUCAGGAGGUGUGUCCAGUUUAUGAUUGCAAAAGCGCCCACUUUUUCUUGGUGGUGGGGGAAAUACGAUUUUAUCCCCUUGCCUUAUUGUCCCUGGUGCCCUAUUGCUUUUAUCUCGUGCGCAGCGGGAUCCCAGGUCAGUGGACUUGGAGGGUCGUGUGCCCGAAAUCCAGUGGCAGAAGCCUGGCCUGGUCACAGCGACCAGGGGAGGUGGCUGCUGUAGCUUUUCUCCGCCCCCCCAGCCCCCCUGAGGCCUUACUCCCAACCUGCUGCUUCACACCAUUGGAAAGAGCCGGUCGCUUAACAAUUGACUGUUUUGACGGUAGCUGUAAGAUGUACGUGCGAAACGCGGGUCAUGAAAACAUUCACACACACAAAGGAUACACCACACGUAGACAGGCUCGAUCGUCCUUUAGAAAUACCGGUAGCAGAUGUCCUGUUCUGCGUUUAAUUCUGGUUUCCCGGUACACGCUGCGAUACAAGAGCAAAACUCUUAACACUGCAGCAGUGUGUGGAAUACUGAUCAGGGUGCUUGCCACCCCACCCCCCCUUUCAGGAUAAUCCAUUCUGCUAGUUUUCUAUUUGUUUGUCCUUCCCACUCCUAUGGUAUUAAGUGUGCCUACUGAGCAUGAUCAGUCUUUGUUGGGCUUUCUUUGGGUUCCUUGUUGUAAGAAGUACAAGCAGCGACUUAAAGACAUUUCUGCUUUGCACAUACCUAGUUUGCCCCUUCUGCAUAUGUGUAGACUUAUCACUUCUGCUAACUCUGCCCAGAAUGUGGCAAUUACACUUGCUGAGGUCUGUGCUUGAAAUAUACUCUGAGUCGAGAGUGGAUUUCAUGCUCUUUAUUCAGCUCAUUGUGUUGAGGAGGAAUGGAAGUUCCCCCAGAAUGUCUGCUUUAUAUACAUUAUUUACACAAUGGGCCCCGCAUGAUUGGCUAAUUCAAGGAUUCUCCUGUAGGCCAAUCAGGUUGCGGAUUCACUUCCACCUGCAGCUGGAUUGAGUGGCUCCUGUGGACCAAUCAGACUGCUGCAUUUUGGAUCCUAUUCAACUCAGUACAUAACAAUGCUGAAUAAAGCCUCUUCUGUUAUUCCCACCCUUUAGAUUUUUUCCCCUAAAUAUUUUUUGUAUGGCUGCACACCUUGAAGUUUCCUCCAAGCCUGCUGAUACCUUCCUUCUUUUGCCUACCUAAAUAUUCAUACUUGGAGAGUGAUUUCUCUAUUGGUACGUAGGAUGGAUUGGUUUGCCAAAUCUGAUGGCCUGCCUAUGGAAUACCCCCUAUUUCCUAUACAUGCUUAUGUGAACUGGCCCUGAACCUUGUGAUUGGUUGGUUGGCCAGACAUUUAAACCAUGUUAUUAAUUUAGAACGGUCAGAGUUUUUAUGCUCCCCUGUUGUAGUCCUUUUUCUAGCAGUCAUGGGCUCUAAUGAUAGAAUUGUCCUGGGUAUUUUUUACAUGCCCGUGCCAGUUUUAUGUUUCUGUAUGGUGAAACAGACACUGGCAAUUUUCUCAGUGACUUCCCACCUUGCUAAGGUAGGACACUUCACUGACACCCCCACCCCAAUCCUGUGCAUUCGCCACCAUCACUAUUGCUGUAACUUCCUACAUUAAAGAACAAACAGCUUCCUGUCAUCUUGUUGGUAGGUAUCUAUAAGACAAUAAAGGUUAGCAAGCUGGUUUUCUUCACAACCCCUACUACACAAUAUUAAAAUACAAAUCACUAUUAAAAUUUAUCACAGCAACAUGAACCGUGGGAUUCAAACGCAUAAAAAUACAUGGUGAAAUACAUGUACUUUUCUCUGUCCAAACUAUUCCUCUGUCUAAAUGUUGGGAGAGUUUGAAUGAUUGUAUCUUGGCUUGUUAACCAAUAUAUGAACAAGCCUUAUGCCCUUCCACUCAGCUCUUCCAUUCCUUCCUUUGUUCCUUCAUCGUAUGAAGUUGGUUUAAUAUCCUGGCUUGACAACCAUCUAGGCUGUUACAUUAAGUGUUCUUUAGCAUAACCCCAUUUUUUCCCUAUACCCCAGCUUUAAUCUUGUUUUUUACUUGUUAUGCCUUUCAACACCCCUCCCUCCCCUACAAACUGAUGCUUCUCAACUGAUACCCAAACCCACCCCAAGUCUCUAAAUGCUUUUAUUUAUUUAAACCAUUUAUAUGCCUCUUAAGACAUUUCCAACACUGUGUGCAAGACUGGUGCUUUUGAGAUUCAGGUGAAAGAUUCUAAGUUAUUUCCCAAUCACUUAACUUACAGCCUUAACUGAGAGAAUUAGAAUCAUAAGAACUGUUGAGUUGGAAGGGACCCCAAUCUAGCCAACCCCCUGCAGUGCAUUAGAAUAUUCAUUAUAUCUCAACAAUUUAAGCAACCACAGCAGUUCAUUAAUACAUAUUUUAAACCAUCCCACAGUUUAUUUUGUUUCGGUCUGUGACACAUCCGCUAUGUCUGCUCAGAUCCACCCUCCAAAUGCGUAACAUUUUCCCUAGACAUGGUAUAUUUGGAACUGAUGAAGAUUGGACCUGAAGAGGCUAUUACCUGGGACAUAGGUCUUGUUUUAGAUUUUUAAAAGUUUUAGAGAUUUUAAAAGGGAAGGUGAACAGGGACAGCCUCUGUGCAGGACAUUGCGGCGUAGCAUCAGUAAUUUUACUAAACCAAGGCAAGUUCACUUAUAGUGCAAUCCUACACAUGUCUACUCAUAGCUAUGUAUCAGUGACUUUCUUGAGCCUAACUCCCAAGUAAGUGGGUAUGGGAUUGCAAAUUCAGAAAAGUACUUCAAGCUGUAACUUUAAGCGUGAGAUUUAAAACAUAAGCAUGAUGCCUUAACUGUACAGCCUAAUCCUUUGCAUGGAAACAGGAAUGCGUAAAAUCUGCAAAAAAUUAGGCACUAGCUGGGCAUUCUAGGAGCUAGUGAGAUGAAGCUGACCUCUGUAGAGGGUGCCACUGGUUAGGCCAAAAUGUUUAGGUGCCUGGAUUUUACAAGCACUCAGUAGUCUUUGAGCAGUUUGACUUCUGGUUUUUGUUUUUGUUAGUUGUUUUAAAUGAGAACUGAAAAUCCCAUGUCUUCUCAUCUUUAUAGGAUAGAAGAGGGAGGAAAUACAUAGAUGUAUACAUUGUAUUGCGCAGUUCAUAAACUUCAUAUUCCCCCCCCCCCCAGGAUUUCUCCAUCAUGAUAAUGAUUGAAAGUAUUGACUCCAUAGUCACGAUUUCCAGCCAGGACCUCUGGGCUGAAAUCUGUUCAUCCCUGCCACAUCCGGACAAGAAUGAUGAGUCAAGCAAUGCAUUUGCAGAUUCGUUCACAGAUGCUCACGUUCAUGUGGAAAGUCAGAACGAAGUCAUGAACACCACUUUCCAAGAAAGCAUGAAGCCCUGGGCACCACUGAAGGAUUCAGAUGCCUAUUUGGCAGCUUUAGGUCAGUAUAUUGGGAGCUGCUGAGUUGGAGAAUUUGUUGCAGUCAAUACCUAACCUUUGAGGGUAGUAAUUAUUAAUUGUAAUUAUUAUUACUGUAACAUGGCGGGGGUGGGUGGGAAUUGUUCAUCUGUAUGCAUUUAAUCUCAAACAGCAAGUAUUAGUGUUUUGAUCAGCUGAAAAUCAAGGCUUUUAGACUAAAAAUCCAUUCAGUCCAAAAUUAUAUGUUAAAGACCCAGGCAUAGGCAAACUUGGCCCUCCAGAUGUUUUGGGACUACAACUCCCAUGAUCCCUAGCUAACAGGACCAGUGGUCAGGGUUGGUGGGAACUGUACAACAUAUGUACAAUUCAUACAAAACAUUUGGAGGGCCGAGUUUGCCUAUGCCUCUUAAAGACAAUGGAUCUGUUCCACAAUAGGUGGACAUGGCCUGAAAAUCUGUGACCAUAGCUACGUUUUGUGUAAAUCAUUGAUCUCAGUUUCUCCUGUACAUUUUUUGAUCUUCUCGGGACUUCAGAAAGGUUCUACAAUUUAUUUUUAAGAGCACUGGAAUGACAAGAUAAUUGUCACUACAGAAGUAGGCAAUGUAUGAGAGAAAACCUUUGCCCAAUUUUGUCUAAUUUAUUCCUGCAUAAAUCUCUGAAGAGUAUACUGUAUUAGAUUGUUCUUUCCAAUAACUUUUGUGCAGCGAGAGAGGAAUAUAAUCCAUCUAGUGUUCUGCUGGGAGAAGAAAAGAAUUUGCUGCAGCUAAAUUUCCAGAACAAGAACUUGAAGACUUCCAUUAAACUUCUUGCUUGUGUGCUCUGCACACAAUAAUUUCAAUUGAGUCUCUCCUUUCAAAUAUUUCUAGGCAGAUGGGUGAGCAGUGAUCCUUAACCUAGAAUGAAAUGUACUUCCAUUGUUUAUUUUAGUGUAGAUACAGAUUUAAUGCAGAACCAUUUCUGAUUUCCAUUUUUAUUAUGGGUUUGGGAAUGAGAACAUGAGUGGGCAGUGGAGGGAAAAGUAGUUUAGUGAGGCAUUGCAUGCUAGUUCUUUUUUACUGAUUCUCUGACAAAAUUAAAAUGAGCAAAAGUCAGGACAUGGAAGAGAAAUAUCUAAUAUAGCGCUGCGGUAAAAUGGAUACUUUCAAUCAGAGGUGCCCAACCUAGGGCUGGGCAAUACCUGGUUUUCAACAUUGUGCUAUGUCACCAGCUGAACAUCGCAAUAUACCAAUAUAUCACGAUGUCUGAAAUAGAGAUGGAAGUAUGUAGAGGCAAUGGCUGGCUUCUUCCCUCAUUGUGCUUUUUGCAUAGCACAUGCGCACGCACACACACACACCAUGAUUUGCGAUAUAUAUUGCCAGGUUAAAAAUUAUGAAACCGAUAAUAGGGUUGCCAUAUCUUGAAGAGCAAAAAAGAGAACAGCCUGAGCCUUAGAAUGAGGCAUGCAGCCAUUCUCUCAUGCCCGAGCCUGGGCUGCCCAAGCUGAAGCCCAGAAAAACAAAAAAAAUCUGGACAUUUCCUUUAAAAUGUAAAAAUCUGCCCAGAUGGGCCUGUUGGCCCCCAAAAGAGGACAUGUCCAGGUUUUCCUGGACAUAUGGCAACUCUAGAUAUCACGAUAUGGACUUCAAACCAGUUUUGGACGAUAUAUCACCCAGCCCUAGCUCAACCUGUGCUCAUCCACCCCAGAUGUUGUUGGAUUCCAACUCCCAUUAGUCCCACACAACGCAGCUAAUAGUCAGGGAUGAUGGGAGCUGGUGGUCCAGCAACAACGGACAGCCACAGGUUAGUCACCCCGCCUUAAAUGGUGGUUUACAAUUCAUAUGAAAACCCAUGAAAUGGUUUGGAUUGAAAAUUCCUGACUAUACCUUGGCCACACUUGUGUGAUUUCCCCUCCCCGCCUCUAGAGAGAAGAUUGAUGAGGAUAAAGGGUUUGUCACAGGAGGUGACCUCCAAAGACAUGCUGCAUACUCUUGCUCAGGCGAAGAAAGAAUGCUGGGACAGGUUUCUGCAGGAGAAGUCUGAGUCUGAAUUUUACACGGAGGGAACUGAAUCGGACGAGAGGUAAUUCAAUGAGGCUUUUAUUCAUGCAGCGGCUUUUGAAGUGUGCAUCUUAUCGAAGUGCCCACCACUUAUGGAGUAAGGGCUGUUCUUAAUUCAAGCCACAGUUUGCCCUCAGCCCUGUUUUCAGUGCCAGGGCUCAGGUCAAAACACACUAGGGUGUUUUUCUGAUCGUGUGCAGACUGCAUCAUGCGCAGAGUGGAAAAACCCCUUUGUGCUGUGGGGAAGCAGGGCUGGAUUAGGCAGAGUCAUCCCUCUGCUCAACACCCCCCUAGACCUCCCCCAUAAAGUGAUACCAGCAUCACUCUGCUAGCCUGGAACUCCAUUCCACUCACCAAAUGUGCAGGUGUGGUGCAUUUACUGCCUGCAGUAGCCCCCAAAGCCCCCAAAUGGGGCACCCCAGAAGAUGGCCUGAUCUGAACCAAGAUCCACUGGAUCCUGAGCCAGCCCCGUUGCCAUCCCUUGUUGGCCAAUGGCCUGGUGCAGCAAUUUGCCUGCCCCCCGCACUGGCUCCUGCCCCAACUGAUGUGAGUGACAGGGCUGCAGAUCUAGUGGUGUCUCUACCACUCUUACCACGCCCUGUUACUGCCUGGUCUGGGUUUGGAUUGCCCUGUUUGUCUGACCCUAGAGAAGACUUCCCCCCAAUUCCUAUUAUCUGUGUAUUCUUCUGUUUCUGCUCUAGGUCGAAAACUCAUUUCUUGUAGAAAACUAGUCCAUUGGAGAACUGUUCUAGCUGAGCCAUUUCUCUCUGUGCUAGUUUUCUGUGUGUUUCUUCAUAGGGGAACAAGGGACUCGCCUAUCUGCAGUGUGGCCUCUCUGGAGAGGACCUGUGCUGAACUGAUAGGUGCUCCUCAAUAGCUGCUUGUCACAGGAUUCCCUAAACCGUUGGAGUUUAGCCCAAACCUGAACCUUUUCUAAGAUGUGGGGUAGCUUGGACUGAGAGAGUGAAUGGCCCAGGGUCACCCAACUUGAGGGCUGAGUGGAAUUUGAAUUUGGGCCUCUCUAAUCUGACAGUCAAAAGUUCCUUCCAUUACAUUUAGGUAGAAAAUAGUUGAAAUGAUUAGUGGGGAUGGGGUGGGGGCUGGUCCUGCUCUUUUGCCUUCUUUCUUUACUGUUCCCUGCCCUUUCUCCUUUCUCUCAGCACUCUGGAACACUUGAAGCGUUGGCUACAGCCUGAGAAAGUGGCCGUCAGCACCGAGGAAGUGCAGUAUUUGAUUCCGCUUGAGGCUCGUAUAGAGAAGCAAGAGACAGAAGAAGAACUGAUGAUGGCUGUAGAACAGUGAAAUGUUGACCUUUGCCUCCAGUCCGGGGACUGGUGCAGUUUCUUUUAAAGCAGCAAGAGGAGGGAAGGGCCAGUGCUUGGUGAUAGUAGACCACACUUUCCACUGUACUUAAAUUUCAGUGGCUUUGAAGUUGCAGAUUUAAAACUAGUCAUAUGUAAGAAUCUACUAAGAUGACUGAACAUAAAAGGCAGUGGAUAUAAUCUUUGGGUAAUGAGAUGGACUGGAGUCAGGCAUGGGAGUGAAGAGUUCAUCCAUUUGCUUCGCUCUUCUCCUUUAUGGUCUCUUUUCUUUGGGUCUGCAUCAUUCCCAGAGGUUUUUGUUGUGUUCUUUUUUGGAGGACUUGCAUGCACAUGGAUCCUGUAAACUGCAUUAUUUCAGACAAUUCGUCACCUCGCACUGCAAUGGACUGUGCAGAAACAUUGCACUCUCAAAUUUCAGGACGUGGAAACAUUCCUUUCCUCACAGCAUAUAAUCCCCAAAUGUAUGACUUCUAAGACUGAAACUCGUGUGUAUCUCUUUUCCCAACUUUUUUUUUUUAAGCCCAAGCGUGCCUGUAUCUUUUCCUCUGUGAAGUGAAAAGCAACUGUGGGUGCAGUUUUGAGUGAUCUUGGCAACCUUUGCUUUUGGUUUUAGGAAGGAAAAAAAAUUGGGGGGAUAAAAUACACACCACUACAUUUUACAUGCAGUUUCAGUCUUAAAGAGAUGAAGCGUCUUCUACUGGAAAAAACCCACACAGCCCUCUUUUUGUUAAAAUUGUUCUCUUUGUCCUUGCAAGCAAGCAGGUCUUGAAUUGAAAAGUGUAGCACUUCAUGUAGUUAUUUUCUUAAAACUCUGGAUUUAAAACUAUUCUGGAAUGGAGCUACUUUGCUUUGCCAUUUAUGAGAUCUGAUUUCCCCAAGCAUCUUUUCCAGCUAAUAGAAUAUCCAUGCUUUCUUCUUCACUCUCAGUUUCCCUUGCUGCAAGAAGAAAAGAAAAAUGUAUUCCGAAACAAUAUGGAAUUAAAACUGUAGGAAUUUAGUUGGCAUAAAUAAGACCAAGUAUGAAAUCAGUGGUGAGCUGGAAAAGGAGGAUGUAUUUCAUUAACCUUUUUACUCCCUGUGGCAUAUUCACUUAUGUGUGUGUGUGUUUUGUGUGUGUCAGUGCAUGCAAAAGGAGGUGAAAAUGUUUGCGCUGCAGCCACAUGUCAUUCCCUGACUUCAUUACGUUCCCUCACUCCGUGGCCAUCCAUAGCCCUUCACUGCUCCCUUCCCUAACACCUUUCAACAUAUGUAGCAGUCCAGGCCAGUUGCUGCUGUUGUGCCAUUUUCCUCUCACUGACUUUCUGCUUCUUGCAGACAGUGGAGUUGCAAUAAUGCAAACAACCGGAUCUGAUUGCAUGGUGAUAUCAUUGAAGGCAAACUCGGUUUGAAUACUUUUGUUUGCCAUUGGUGAUGUUGUUAUGUCUGAAUGGCCAUAUAGUGACUUCACUGGUCUCAGAGUGCUUUUUUAAAAAAAGGUAACAAAGCAAUAGCUGAAUUGGGUUUGGCAAUGCUGGCAAGCUAAGAUGGCAAAAUAGGAAAUACUGAACCUGAAAAAAAAUUUAGCAUAGCACGGUUAAAGUAUGCUAGUAGGUGUAUGUGUUUCUGAAGUAUUUGGAAAUGUGUGCUGUGGUUGCCUCCUCUCCAGAACUGCAGUUUUGCUGAAACAAUCCGGAAAUUUGUUAGACAAAACAUCUCAAAAUUGGGGAAGUUUACAUUUUAUUAUUUCCCAUCAUUUUAUGUUUCACUUCCCUCUGAGUUUUUCUGCUCUGAUAAUAUGUUAUGGAUGAUGAACUGCAUAUAUUGCUGUCACAUUGGUGGGAUAGUCUCUAGGUUGUCUAUUUGCGUAGUUAAUAUGCCUUUUCAAAAUUGAGUUUCACUGACUUCUGUCUUGAUCCAUCAAAACAUAUCUGCCUCUUGUAUAAGUGAUGUACCUUUGUGGCUCUUCACAUUGUUUUGUGUUGUGAUAGAAGAACAUGCGAUUUCAGAACUGAGGCUUUUAAAGUUUGCUGUCUUUAUUUAGUGUCGUCAGUGCAUUAGGCUAUAUACAGAGUGUAGAGGAGUUAGGAACACACGCACACCCUUUCCCAGUGAAUUGAAAGGAUAGGGCUCUCCUUCCUUGGAGGUUGGAUUUCCAUCUGUCAUGGAUGCUUUAGUUGAAAUUCCUGCAUUGCAAAGAGUCAGACUAGAUAAUCCUCGGGUCCCUUGCAACUCUACAGUCCUAUAAUUCUAUGAAAAGGAGACAUCGGGACCUGAGAAAGAAGUAGCAAGAGGGAAUGGUUAAGUGGGAAUGGUUAGGAACAGGCAAAUUUAAACUAGGAACAGCAAGAACCAGUGGAGGCUGGUCCAUUAGGGAAAAUGUGGUACUGCCCCACCAACCUCAGAUUCCUCCAAGUCUACCUGCCUGCCUGCCUUCUUAGGACUUGCCGAUCAGAAGGUCGGUGGUUCGAAUUCCCGCGGCAGGUUGAGCUCCCGUUGCUUGGUCCCUGCUCCUGCCAACCUAGCAGUUCGAAAGCACAUCAAAGUGCAAGUAGAUAAAUAGGUACCGCUCCGGCAGGAAGGUAAACGGCGUUUCCGUGUGCUGCUCUGGUUCACCAGAAGCGACUUAGUCAUGCUGGCCACAUGACCCAGAAGCUGUACGCUCGUUCCCUCGGCCAAUAAAGCGAGAUGAGCACCGUAACCCCAGAGUCUGUUACAAAUGGACCUAACAGUCAGAGGUCCCUUUACCUUUAUGCUCCUGGUUAGAAGGGAGAACUUAACUGGGAGUCCUGCUUAGGAUAGCAUGCUAAGCCAAACUUCAGCUAAGCUCAGCAAGAAGAAUUGGGGCAGAGCACCUGCAAGUCCAUCUCUGGAAGCCUGGACAAUUGUAUGGUCUCCAUAAGCCACCAUUUGGUUGACCAUGUCAUGUGAACCAGGCCUGUGUUCCCUGUUUAGCAGGAGACAAGAGAAGCAGGACUAGGUCCCUGCGCAUGAUGCAGUGUAUGGGCACAAACCCUGGGUUCAUUACACAGUUAAUAUUAUUUCCUGCUAAAUGACAAAUCCAUGGAGCAAUUGCUAUCCUGGCAGGUCAAACUACUCCUGGGUGUGUGGGUGUGACAUCAUAUUGUUUCUAUCUUAAAAUGUCCUGUUAGUGCUAAUCACAGCAAUUGCCCUAGACUCUGAAGAAGCAUCAAUUAAAACACUUUUCCAUUUCUUCUGUGGCCUCUGUGCUGAUUUUGCCAAUUUUUUAAUUGAUUUCCCAUAAUUUUUAACAAAUUGCCACCAAAUUAAUACAAAUUCAAUACAAAUUUAAAAGCUGACUUCCCACCCACCCACAGAUGUCCCCUCUUUGCUGCUCCCAAUAAAAUAACUUUUCCAACUAUCAUUUCGAAAUACGUUCUUCCCUUCUCCCUACACAUCACCUGUUCAAUUACCAAUUUCUGCUAUGGCUUUUAUACAUUGUUAUAACCUGUCCUCAAAAUAGUUGAGUGGAGUAAAUCCUCUUUAAUCUAUAAUAGUCGUUCAUCAAUUUUCAAACAUUUCCUUCUGAUACCUCUUGAGGAACACUUUGCCUGAGAAAAGCAGAUCUUGCUUCCUCCCAGACAACAUACACAUAUUCCUCCCUAACAUGGCCUUGAACAUUGUUGUCUGACAUCUGGCCCCAGUAACCAAUAACUCAGCCUCACUGGUGCAACAUGCAGAGGGUGAAAAUGAAAUCCCAAUAUAUAUUUUUGCAUAAAUAUAUAAUAUACAUGAUUUUGUACCUUUUAAUGUCACCUGGAUUCAGCCAGAUGUUUCAAGGAGGACCAGAAGCAGAACACAAAGGCAGCACGCCUCCUUGUAUCUCAUUAUGCCUGCCCAAUUUCAAAAGCAUGUGAUCAGCUUAGAUGUCUUCCAUGAGCGAUCUGUCCGUCCCACAGCAGGCCAGUGGGCAGGGAGGAAGAGAUUGGUGGGAUAUUAAAAGAAAAGUCUGCAAGUAAGAGCUGCUUGACAAUGGAGCCAGGAUGGUGGGCUUUUCCCCAUGCUGGAGGAGGUCUUCGAGGCUGGACAGACACAUACUGAGGAUGCUCCGAUUUCCUGCCCACACACCCCUCAGUGGAGGAAGUCAAGAGCUACAGGAACAUCCUUAACAUCUGGCCAUCUAAAUGUCUGCUUGAAGUGGAGAUGGGAUCUAUUGUUGGCAACAUGCUACUCCAAUGAUAUUUUGUUGCUUUGUUUUUGUUUCUUAAUAUUCCUGUACGUGUGUGUGUGUGUGUGUGUGUGUGUACGUGCAUGUGCGCCUCCCCCCAUAAUGUUAUUACUGGUUAUAAUUUACCAUUAGAUCUCGUCAGAAUUUCCUUAUUGUGGCUUGAAAGGUAAAGUGCACACAUGAUUUAGAAUCUAUCAUAUUUUAUUUAUUAUAUGUACAGUGGUACCUUGAUUCUCAAUGCCUUGGUACUCAAACGCCUUGGUUCCCAAACACUGAAAACCCAGAAGUAAUUGUUCCAGCUUUCGAAAGUUUUUUGGGUGGUUGUCGGCUAUUGUUUUCUGGGGCACCUGCACCAAUCAGAAGCCGCACCUUGGUUUUCGAACAUUUCAGAAGUCAAACGGACUUCCAGAACGGAUUAAGUUCGAGAACCAAGGUAUUUCUAUGGUAGUUUUUGUUAUGUAAAUGGGGCCACGUACCCCUUGGUUAUGUGGACCCGGGGGGGUCAACGGACCACCAAUUGGGAACCACUGUUCUAGGUUAUGAAGACCCUAUCCAAUCCUAUAAUUCGAAUACUAGAACAAAAUAGAAUGAGGAAUUUUUACUGAAAUUUAAUGGCAAAUUAUAUCCAUUAAUAACCGUGUGUGUGUGUAUGUAUGCACACACAUGCAUAGAUACAAAAACACAGCCACACAGUAUUAUUGGAGACUCCAGCAAUGGAUUCCUUCAGGUUCCCAUCUUGGAGGCACUGGAGAAUGAGGGAGAUGGGCCUUUCCCUUCCUUGUUAUGGCCUGCUCCAUAUUUCAUACUGCAGCGACAUAGCAAACUACUGGAUAUACUGAGACUUGGAACUGAAGGCUUCUGGAUCUGUGUGUUGGUACACCUGGUGGUAAGCUACUCAGGGCUGCACAGCAGAGAAACGCCAACAUUGUAAUGCCUACUCAGAAGUAAAUUCCAUUAAGUUUAAUGGGGCCAACUCCCAGAUAAAGUAGGAAUAGGUCUUUUCAGCCUUGCCAUGUCUUCACCAUCCUGGCAGACCUAUUUCUUUGUUUAGAGCAGGUAUUCAUCUAUGUCCCAGAUGUUUGUCUGAAACUGUAUUCAUUUGGUGGGUGAACCUGGGUAAAUGCUUAAAGAUGGAGGUGAGUAGGCUACCUCAAGAUGAAUGUCCAAAUUCAAUAUCCUAACAAGAGGUUCUACACUGGGUCAAACAUAUUGUUACUCAGUUCCCCCCUGCACCUCCUCAAGGAAAAGUAUGCAUCAGUGAGAAAGAGAAAUUUAGAUGGGAUUUUCUAAAAAUGGGUAAGAAUGUAAUUACAGCAUUGCCUGGCACUGGUAAUGUAGAAUGCUGUAUUUGAAUAUUAUCUCCUGUCUGAUCAUAUUGGCACUCCCGCUUGUAGAUUUAAGAAUUUCCACUGAGGUUAAUGAGCAUAAAUGUCACUUUAUGGUAUCCUAUGUUUAUGUAUGUAAAGUAGGAAAAACCACUGGGCCAGUAAGAUACAACCUAAGUCAAAUCCCUUAUGAAUACACAUC